CACAGCGAACGCAUCCCUCCAUCACCAUCAACACUGCGUGUGAGGACACUCCAGGAAGAGGAGCAGGGGCGCGCGCUCUCGCGAUUAUUCUUUCUUUCUUUCUUUACUUAUUUAGUAUUUUACUUUUUAAGUAUGUGUAAUGUAUUCCAUCGCUUGUGUGUAAGUUGAGGCGGAAAACUGUGCGUCUCAUCAGCGGAUAAACUUUUCUGUCUCCUCUCCUGAAAUGAUCAGGAUGAUGUAAACAGAGACACAGAUGGAGGCUUCAGCUGCUGCUUUUCAUGUGUCUCAAUAAUAACCAGAUUAAAGGCAAGAUGACGCUGAACAAAGCGACUCGGCCUUUACACUUGGGUCUCCUGCUUCUCUGGAUUGCAAGCCUCUGCUUCCAGCCAGUGUCCACUGGCAACCAAAGCUCCGGAGGACAGACAGGGUCAUCACAGGAGAGGACGGGGACUUGUGAAGUGGUCGCCGCUCACCGUUGCUGCAAUAGGAACAAGAUAGAGGAACGCUCUCAAACGGUCAAGUGCUCCUGCUUCCCAGGACAGGUGGCGGGGACAACAAGGGCCCUGCCCUCUUGUGUUGAUGCAUCCAUUGUGCGUCAAAAGUGGUGGUGUAAAAUGGAGCCGUGUCUGGAGGGGGAGGAGUGUCGAGUUCUCCCUGACCUCACUGGCUGGUCAUGCAUCUCCGGGAACAAAGUGAAGACCACAAAGGUGGCGCGGUAGCAAGACUGAAACUCCACCAUUGACAGAAGCCCACCCUGGCCUGCAGCAGUCGCUUUACCAGCGGACUCUGAAGGCAGUGAAUGCACCAUCAGAUAGAGUAAAGAACAAUAUAGAUUUAAUUAUCUGCUGACUACGUUUCACUCUGCUGUAACUUGUUAUGUUAAUUCCAUUUGACUUGAACACAGUUUCCGUUGAGGUUAAUCCAAUGGAGUGGGCAAGCUAUUAGCAAUUAACUCAAGAUAAAAUAAUGGUGCAGUACUGUAUACGUUGUUCCAGUUCAAACAUCAUAUAUACACACUGAAGUCUGUAUCAUUGUACCAGUGCUUGAUAUGCAGGGCACAUUUUGAUUCACUCAAUCGAAGUUUGGAUGGGCCUGCUGGCAGACACUUAAAAAGAGAUUUUGUGGAUUUUCAUGAGGCAGAAUGUGAAUCCAGUCAGGGGCUUGUGACUCCCUCCGCCGAUCAAAGCAGAGGACCACAAAUACUGAGAAAUUCAUGAUGGGAGCAUUUGUAGACAAUGCUGUCCCGCAUACUUACUCUGAGCUUUAUAAAGAGGUCACAUCCCUUCGGACCAGUUCUUACCACAAAUCGGCAUUUCUCACAAACACACGCAUGCUGCUUUUUUGUUUCUCUCGACUCCACUGGUUGGACAGGCCACCACCUGCAACGCGGCGAUGGCAUGCACACAGGCAUGAAGCCCUGAUGCAAAACAAGGACUGUUUGAAAUGCUAAUGCUGUGGAGAGAAGGGGGAGAGAAGGGAGACGAGGAGCGUCUUCACUGCUGAGAGUAUUUACAUCAUGCUUUUUGUUUGUCUCGCUAAACUGAGUGCUCCUGUGGCGAGGACUUCUCUUAUGGUAUAAUGAAGGAAACAUUGGGGGCUUUCUGCCUGCAAGCAAGUGCUGCAGCUUCAAGAGGGGAUUGGAAUGUUAUUCAUAAUAUUAUAUAUUUAUAAUAUACAUUUAUAUUAUUGUUAUUAUCUCUUUUUUGGCACUUCAGGCAAAUCCAGCCAGACAUUUUUCUGUGUUUUUCAUUUAUUCACACAUUUAUUUUACAUUUUAUUUUUUUAAUAAGACAAAUACAGCAAACUGCAAAUCAUCCCAUCAGAGGCAGUGGGUUUGAAAAGUAAAACUAAACAGUUUGCUUGGCGUUCACCUAACAUAAUUAUGCAUUACGUCUGUUUUAGCGGCGACAGGAUUCCUCUCUGAGCUGUCACGCAGUGCGAGGCAAUUUAUGCAUGGGUUUGCUUUUGUAAUCAUUGUGGUCAUAAUUGUUAUUUAAUUUCAGGGGUGUUGUGAGUGAUGUUAGAAUUUGAAGACUUGACUGACUUAAAGUCAAUGUUGAUUCACCGACAUGACUGUUGUAAAUACUGUGAUUCUGUUCGGGAGCGUCAUCAAUAGUGAAGCUGUUUUUUUGAACAGUAUUAUCAGUAAAAACCCUGUCUGCUAAUGUCACUCACAUAGAUUUCCUUGAUUAACAUUAAUGUUUACAAAAAACCUCCAGGGCUUAUAGCGAAGUACAAUACAUUCAUGUAAAAGGCAGAGGCAAUAAUAAACACCCCUGACAAUAAAGUGCAUACCACGCAGCAAUUAGCAAAUGAAAUAACCUUGGCUUUCUGAUACCACUUUGACAGAAGUCAUGUUUAAUACAUGGAGGGUGUGAUUGUGUGCACUUUGUACAAAAGUGAUAUCAAGAUCUUCAAUGAGCUGCUUCUUAAACCUUUGUUCAACAUUUAUUCAAGAACAAGAUGAAUCACUCAAAAAUGUAAGAUGCUCAAACUGUUUUCAAAUGUGACCAGAUGGAGCGGUAGAUAAGAUGCCAUUUCGUACACAUUCACCUGGCUCUGCCUUUAAAAGAACUCUUUACAAUACGACUUUGCAAUAUUCAGCAAUAAACAGGUUAGCAGUCGUGAGAAAAAAACUAAAAAACUUGAAGCAACAAAAAUAGGAACAAUCUCCAAUAUUGAGCGCUCCUGGAUUUGGCUCUGCCCAUAGUGAGAAAUAUUUUUAUUUUAUCAUUAUUAACCUUUACUUUACCAGGAUAAUCCCACUGAGAUUGCAAAUCUCUUUUCCAAGGGUGUCCUGGCAACAAACACACGCAUCAACAACCACAUUACAAUGAGAACAGACAUUAGAGAGCCUUUAACGACAGGAAACAGGAAAAUCAGUGACAGACCAAUUAUUUAUUCUAAAUCCAAUCAGAAACGAAACAGACGUAAAUAAAGUAGGCUGACAGUCGGAGGGCCUGCACAUGUGUUCUCCUAACACAAGUAUAAACUAAACCUCCAGCAUCUCCAGGUCUCAGUCUUUUGUCACCCUGAAGUAUAUUUUCACCUUGGGUAUUAGGAAUGAAAUGUAUCUCGAUUUUCUGGCAACCGUUACUCCAAAAGAUUAAUCAGGAAAAUGAUGGGCAGACAAAUCCAUAGUGAAAUUAACGACUGCAGUUGCAGUCGCCCACGUUUUUAAUCGUUUGUCACGUUUGAUUUUGAUUUCGAGUUUUGGCAGCUGAGCCUUUUCUUGAGUGCAGGGGAAAAUUGAGUUUAUGACGGACAAUAAUUCUGAGAACAAAGUAACACACGCGCGUUUAUGCUUGACCUCUUCAAGCAAAUGGAUAGUGAUUGGUGAAGAUGCUUUUCGCUGGUUAAGGUAACUUGAAGAUUUACGCAGAGGACUUUUGCUUUUCAUACCACUGCAAGUUAAACUUGGACGGUGGUUAUAACCCAACACUUGUAUUAUUAUACCAUUAUUUCUUAUCAAAAUGACAUAUCUUUACACAUAAAGGUGCAACGAUUUCCUGAUUAUUCCUACAACAUUAGAAGACCUGGCCAAAGAUUUGGGAAAUUAAUCACAGAUAUACAUUUUCAAAGAAAUGCUACUGAAACUUUAACAAACGGUUUGUUCAUAAUUUUACAUUAUUACUUUUUCAUGAACAUAGAGAGCUUCAUUGUUUUAAAGCGGUCUAUUCUGAACUGUCAUGUCAUCCAUCCCAGUUUUCCCAACUUCUAUAGCUCGAUUCACAGCUUCCCUUUUUAUACACAGUGGUUUGUUUCCCCUCUUACGUUGUAAAAUAGUUUUCUUUUUGAAAACUUCAAUAAAAACAACGUUUUUGAAUAUAAGAUUAAAGUUAAAGUGAACUAUUAUACACCUCAGUGGUUUACAUCAGCGGCGACAGCAUGCAUCCUGGGAUUUGUGCCUAAAUCCCCAAACACCACCAGAACUCACAGCUGUCUUUUUUCUCUUUUUUUUCUUCAAGGGAUUCAGUCAUUAUGUGACUUUCAGAUGAGUCUUACAUAAACUCCAGUAUGUGCACUCAUGCAGAUUCUAAUAAAAGUUUGAGAAACCUG